CUCAAACUACAUUCUAAAGCCUAAGAAACAUAUGAAUGCAGUCUCACAAAGGUGGAAGAAGGCAUAUCAUUGGAAAUCCAUAAAGAGUACUCAGAUUCAGAUAGAUAUAGGUGGAGAAAGUUAGCUGUUAAUAUUUUAUUCUAAUUACAUGGGUGAGAAGGUGGACCAAGUGCCAUUUUUUUGGGUGGAGGAAUCCAAUGAGCAAUUAUACCUUCCUAUGACUGCAAAAAGAAAGCUUAGGUCAAAGAAAAUAUUUUAUGGGUGGGGAUCAAAACCUCUCAUUGAAUUUCUUGAUUCCAUUGGUAAGGAUACCAGCGAAAAACUCUCUCAACAUGAUGUGACUACAAUCAUUACUGAAUAUGUAAAAGAAAAUAAUCUUAUUCACCCAGAAAAAAAGAAGAGAAUUUUGUGUGAUGAUAGGCUUCAUUAUCUCUUUGGACGGAAAUCAGUGAGCCGAAUAAAAAUCUAUGAUCUUUUGGAAGCACACUUUGCUGAGAACGAGGAAGAAUCAGAGGAUCAAUUUGUAUACAGUUCAGAAGAAAAGGAGCAGAAAACCUUGGAGAUCCAUAGACAGCCAAAAAUCUCAAGCUCAGAGAGAAGAGCUUAUCAGAGGAAAAAUUUUCUGCAAACUUCAAAAAGCUGUUUUGCAGCAAUAACUUCUGAGAAUAUCAAGCUUGUCUAUCUUAAAAGAAGUUUAGUUCAGGAUUUGCUGAAGGAACCUGAGUCCUUUGAAACUAAAAUAAUUGGAAGCUUUGUGAGGGUCAAAUCUGAUCCAAAUGACUACUUCCAAAAGAACUCUCACCAGCUUCUGCUAGUUACAGGUUUAAAGAAGGCCACUGGAAUUGGUGAUGGUGGUACAGAGAUUCUCCUCCAAAUCUCCAAUUUGAUAAAAGAUGUUCGCAUUUGCAUGCUAUCAGAUGAAAAUUUCUCUCAGGAAGAAUGCGAGGACUUGCAGCGAAGAGUGAAAGAAGGUUUGCUCAAAAGGCCCACCGUUGUGGAGCUCGAAGAAAAGGCUCAAAUUUUGCAUGAAGAUAUAACAAAGCAUUGGAUUGUGAGAGAGCUUGCUUUGUUACAAAAUCUCAUUGAUCGAGCUAAUGAGAAGGGGUGGCGCAAAGAGCUAUUUGAGUACCUGGAGAAAAGACAGCUGCUUCAAACACCAUCUGAACAGUCACGGCUAUUGUGUGAAGCUCCAAAGGUAAUUGCAGAUGAAAUAGAACUGGAAACAACACGACAAAAUUUUCCAGAUAAUGUGGAAGAAGGAAAUGAUAACUCGCCAAGGUCAUUUGACUGGGUAGCUUCAGAAAUUGCAGUCUCUGGUUUCACUGCAGAGGAAACCCCAUCAGCUCGAGCCACAGUUAGCACAGAUGAUGGAGGGAUCCAAGCAGCGCCCCUGAUGUCGGAACAAAAAAACAAUUUGGAAGGAAAGGUUGAUGUUUUAGUUCAGCUCGUGAGUUUGGACAAGGACAAGGGCAUUCAAGGAAGGACGGAGGGGAUGCAGCAGCAGCAGCAGCAGGGAAUGGCAGCUCAGGUGAUUGAUUUGAGCAGUGAUGAUGAGGAAGAGGAGGAGGAGGUGGUGGUGGAAUCUCCACCAAGGAGGGAAAUUGUUGAUAAAGGGGUGAACGUGGGAAGUUUGAUAUGGCAUUACAGGGAUCCGCAGGGAGUCAUACAGGGCCCCUUCUCAAUGCUGUCCCUCAAGUCUUGGAGCGACGCUAACUACUUCGACCCUGACUUCAAGGUUUGGAUGACAGGUCAAACCCCAGAACAGGCUGUUCUAUUGACUCACUUUCUCCGCACAUUUUUUCCUACUCCUUUCUAGGGUUUGCGUGUGUCUGUGCAUAAAUGGCUGUAAGCCGUCUCUAUUAAUUCCCACGACCACCUUAAUUGUUGAAUCUUUUCUUCACCAACGACGGGAUCUCGUCAUCUUGUUUUGCGUCUUUUAUUUAUUAUCUUUGAUUUCCCUUCACCACUCCCUCUUCUUCUUUUCUUCUCUCUUCACACCUUCAUGUAUCAGUGAUGGAAAAGGUCGCAUCAAUCAGUUUGUGUGAAGUUUAGAAACUAAUCUUCAUUUCAACAAAGCGAUCACAUUAAAGUCAA